AUACGAUAAUAUGAAGUAUAUAAAAAAAGGAGAAAGACAAUCAUAUUCUGUUGAGGAAAAAGCUGCAGUUGUUCGUUUUGCGCUUGCCUCCAAUAAUGUCAAAGCUGCUGUUCACUUUGGCAUCAACAAAAGUCUAAUUAGUAAAUGGGUAGGAGGCUUGAAAUCUCAGCUUGACAAUCUUAAAAACCGUAAGUCUUGUCAUGUUGGUGCUGGUAGAAAAGAGUUUUUUCCUGCUGAAGAAAAACAACUUUUUGCCUGGUUUCUUCAGAUGCGUGAGGCUGCUUUAGCCAUUACCUAUAAUAGUCUCAAGAUUGAAAUGUUAAAAAUUUGGCCCAAAGCUAAAGAUGUACUUCCUCCCCCUCCAAAUAUCAAUAUCUCUUUUCAUGAAAAAGGCUGGAUGGAUGAAGAAAGAAUGAUGAGUUGGACCUGUGAUUUUGCAAAAAAACGGCCAGGUAGUUACAAUAAAGAGCCUGUUCUACUUGUAUAUGAUUCCUUUAAGGCACAUCUCACGAAUAAUAUUAAAGAAAAGAUGAAGAAAACUAACACCGAUCUUGUAAUUAUUCCGGGAGGUCUCACAUCAAUGUGCCAACCAUUGGAUGUCUCUAUUAAUCAUCCUUUCAAAGCUGCUCUUCGUCAUCAUUGGCAUACAUGGAUGGCAAGUGGUGGAGCUGGAAAAACUGUGAAUGGAAACCUGAAACGUGCAAGUUUGCAUACAGUAUGUAAGUGGGUUCUUGCUGCCUGGGAUGAAAUCAAUCCGGAAAUUAUUCAGCGGGCAUUUAGAAAGUGUUGCAUCUCUAAUGCUUUAGAUGGGUCAGAAGAUGAUGAAAUCUUUGAUGAAUCGGCUUGUGGUGAUAAAAGUGACAUGGAAAUAAAUGUGUAUAAAGAUAAUAUGGAAUACAGGGAUAACGAAAAUAAUGAGGAAAUUUGUGAAGAUGAUAUUAUAGAAGAGAAUGGAAAU